CAGCAGCAGCAGCAGGAGCAGCAGCAAAAGCAGCAGCAGACACAGCCAGAUAGGCAGCAGCCGCUGGAAAGUUCUCACAAGUGCCAGGAAGGACUUUACAAGACUCCUAAGCAGCAGAAGCCAGAAUCAGCAGCAGCAGCUGCAGCAGCAGCUGCAGCAGCAGACGCUGCAGGAGCAAAGGGACAGCAAGCUGCAGCAGCACCGGAAGGAGCAGCAGCAACGCCAGCUGUUAAGCCAUCGCCUCCAAGAUUGGUUACACCUAGACCCGCAGCAGCAGCAGCAACAACAGCAGCGACAGCAGCGGCAGCAGCAGCGGAACUUCGUGCAGCAUCAGGCACUUCUCUAGCAGUGUCAACAGCAGCAGUAGCAUCUCCAAGAAGUGCUGCUGCUGCAGCAGGCAGCCAGAAGCCAAGCGAAACAUCUCCAAGAGGUUUUCUUGUGGCGAAGGUUUCCCAGACUCCCCCAAAUAAAGCAGCAGCAGCAGCAGCAGCAGCAAGAGCAGCAACGGCAGCAGCAGCAAGACCCGCAGCAAUAUUACCAGCAGCGGCAACACCUCCUGAAGGCUCGCUUUUGCUGCCUUCUCCCUCGGCAGCCGCAAGAACAGCAGCAGCAGCAGCAGCAGCAGCAGCGGCAGCAUCGCCAGCUGCUUCACCAUUGAAGCUCAAGCAGCAGCAGCAAAUAGCAGCAGCAGCAGCACCAAAGAUAGGAGCAGAUCUUCUAGCAGCUAAAAAGCUGCAAAGCGAAGAACGAACCCGCAGCAGCGCUGCAGCAGCAGCAGCAGCAGCUGGUGUUGCUGCUGCUGCAUCCGCGCCUGCUGUCGCUGCUGCUGCCCCUGCUCCUUUGCCCAGCCUAGCUGCUGCAGCUAAUGCUCAGCUACAAGCUCAAACGCCGCAGAGAAAGCUAGCCAAGCAGCAGCAGCAGCAGCCGCAGCAGCAACAGCAGCAGCAGCCGCAGCAGCAGCAAAGGCCUCUACAGCCAGCAGCCCGCUCACCUACUGCCCAGACACAGCUGCAGCAACAGCCGCCACAGCAGCAGCAGCAGCUGCUGCAGCAGCAAGAUAAGCCGCUAACGCCGAGAAGCAGCAGUGGUCCAGACGCUGCUGCUGCAAAACAGCGACGUUCAAGUCAGCAGCAGCAGCAGCGCUCAAACCAGCAGCAGCAGCAGCCGCUAACAGAGGAGCAGCAAGCGAAGCAACAGCAGCUGCUGCUGCAGCGGAGACUUCGCCAGCGACUGCAGCAGCAGCAAAGGCGCAGAAUCAAAGCAGGGCUAAGUGCAGCACCGCAGCGCCUAGGCAAAGCAAAGGCUCGUGCGCCUCGCAGCAGCAGCAGCAGCAGCAGCAGCAGCAGCAGUAGCAGCAGUGAUGAGGGCAGCAUCAGCAAAGCCGCUGCAAAGCCUAAAGCACGAGCCAGCAGCAGCACCAACGGCAGCAGCAACAGCAGUAGCAGCAGCAACAAGCAGAAGAGCAGCGGCAACGGCAGCAACAGCAACAGCAGCAGCAAGUGCAGCAACAGCAGCAACAACAGCAGCAGCAACCCCCUAGCUGCAGGUAAUAGCAAAGAUCAGGGUCCUCCCUCGCAGCAAGCUGCCCCCAAGCAGAGACUUACGGAAGUUAAAACAGCAGCAGCAGCAGAAGCUGCUGCUGCUGCUCCACGCGCUCCUGCUGCUGCUGCUAUUGCAGCAGAGGUAGCAGCGACAGCAACAAAGCUAGCUGCCGUGUCGGCAGCAAAUGUCGCAGCAGCAGCCCGUGCCUCUUCUGCUGCAGCUGCUCUUGCCAGCAAAGAUUCAGCAGCGCCAAAAGCAGCAGCAGCAACAACAACAACAACAACAGCAGCAGCAGCUGCUGCAGCAAAGCCACGGGCAGCAGGAAUAGCUGCCCCAGCACCGGCCACCUCCUCUCCUCCUGCAGCAAGCGGGUCUCAACCGCGGGUAAGGUCUCCAGCAGCAGCAGCAGCAGCAACUGCAUCAGCAGCAACUGCUGCUGCUGGAGCUGCAAAGGCACCUCCCAGCAGCAUGUCAGCACCGGCAGCAAGUGCAGCAGCACCAGGACCAGCAGCAGCAGCAGCAGCAGCAGCAGCCAACAAACAAGGGGUAGCUGGGGCAUUCACAAAGUUUCCGUUUGCUGCUUCAUCUGGCUCGGGCCAGCAGCAGCGCCGACUGCUGCUGCUGCUGCUGCUGCUGCUGCUGCCGCAACUUCGGAUGAAAAUGACAGAGACCCUUGGCUGCCCGACUCGCCAGCUGCUUCUGCGGGUUCAAUGCCUUCAUCACCAUCGUCUAAGGGGGCCCCCGGGAAGUUCCGGGCUCGAGUGUAUCUGGAGCUGCUUCUGCCAGGAGCUACAGCAGCUGGAGGCAGCAGCAGCAGCAGCAGCAGCAGCCGCAGCUGGGCAGCAAAGUACAAAGUCGAUACAUGACAGUGAGGACGAGGGACAGACACCACAGACGCAGCAGCAGCAGGAGCAGGAGCCGCAGCAGGAGCAGCAGCAGGAGGCGCCCAAUGAGGCAGCAGCAGGCCUUCAGGAGAUCCCGCAGCAGCAGCAGCACAGAGAGGAGACACAGAAGCAACUACGGGAAGCCACGGUGGAGACGCAGCAGCAGCAGCAACAGCAGCGGUAG